AUGGAGGAUUGUACUUUAACUUACUCAAUAGACCGAUCAGGAUCUUUGCCACCAGUAUCUCUUGGUAACAAACGAGCGAAUGAAAUUCGCGUCGACUUGAAAAGAAUUGAGAUUUUCCCUACCGGAGCAUCUUUAGACAUACGCACCGACAAAAGACUCGCUUUAAUUUUAGAAUACGUUAGACAAGAUAUCCAAUUAUGUUUGAAUGAGAUGAAGGAUAAAGUUAUUAUUCCUCUCGAUGAGGUGAUCGGUUUUAGAGUCACAGAAUAUAAAGAAAUGGAAAUCCUAUUCCGUGACAAUUUUGAAAGAUCAUACUAUUACGACGGCGCUAAAACUAAAGGAGAUCCUACUAAUGGGUUAUUGGAGAAUGCGAAAUCUUUGAUUUUCACACCGAUUAAUUAUGUCACUUUAAAUAAUUUAAUUGCUGUUGAAGCCGGAAUUGCGAAAUAUAGGGUAGAAAAGCAAACUCGUGUUUUGAAGAAUAAUAACCCUCAAUCCGAUUUAUCUGAUGAGAUAUACAUAACCUGUGUUCUUUUCGUUGAACGCGGGAGUAUGGUCGUUCCUAGUAAUAUUACCCUCAAGACAUUAUUAGAAUUGAUCUCACGUCGCUUUCGUCUCCAGCUUAAUGAUGAACGCGUUACCUAUAAAAAUGGAGCGGGUGAUAUUAUUACGCUAAAAGAUGAAGAAGACUGGAGAGUUGCUAAAUGGGAGGCUAAAUAUGAAAAAAAAAUUGGAGUUGAGGUUCACUUGACUUGA